GCGAGGCUCCCGGGCCCGCUGCUGCCCCGGGUCCGGAGACGCGCGCGCCCCCCGCCGCCGACGGUCUGCUCCAGGACAGCAAUCACCAACUAUGGCCUGCUGGGUCUCGAGGUUGCUUCCUAGGAAUGUCCGUUCCUUGGGGACAUCACCAAAGAACCAGAGAGUUGUGGAUUGUCAUCAACACCAUGAGGACUAUGGGUACUUCUUACCCAUCCAGACGAGGUGGCAGGACAAUGACCAGUAUGGCCAUGUGAACAAUGCUGUGUAUUACAGCUACUUCGACACUAUUAUCAACCACUACUUAAUCAGAUACUGCGGCCUGAAAACCAGCUUGCUGACAUCUCCCAUGGUAGGGUUCAUGGUGACCAAUCAGUGUACCUUCCACAAACCCAUCGGCUUUCCUCAGGUCCCAGUGGCUGCUUUGGCUGUGGAGAAAAUGGGUCACUCCAGCGUGCAUUACCGCCUGGCUCUGUUCCCACCUAAGGCCACCAAGGAGCUGCCUUCUGUCAAUCACUGGGACCUCAGUGAUGGCUUUUUCUUUGGCCACCCCAAGCUGGACCAUUUGGAAUCUUUAGCCUGUGCCACUGGGUCUUCAGUCCAUGUCUUUGUAAAUCCAGCCACCAGCAAACCAAUGGGCCUUCCAGAAGACUUCAGGAAGGGCCUUCUGAGGCUAAUGAGUGCAGCUUCUGUGUGAAUCAUCCGUGGAAGUUUGCUCAUCAGAAAAUAAAAUUCUGUUUAUCUUCUAAAACGUUUUCUUUAGAUUUCCUUGGCAUACCUUUUAACCCUCAAAAUGACUGUCAGUUCCUUAAAAGUUUUUGUAAACAGAGUCAUCUGGCUCCACUGAUCAAGCGUCUGUUUGUGUCCGGCCAGGGGCAGAGUGCUUUACACAGAGUCUCCGCCAGACACCCGGUAGGGCAGGUAGUACUCUUAUGGCCUUUUUCAGAAGAGGAAAAGGAGGUUUGCAGAGUCGAAACAAUUGGCCCAGAGUCCUCCAGCUGGGGAGUCCAUCUGAUUCUCAGUCUCCCGGGUGUGCUCUCUUGUGUGCACCUUUAUGGCUAAUAUCCUAGCACCACGGCCACACACGUCCCUGGGUUGGGAUCACCACCCAUCUGAUAGGACUGGUUAAAUCUGCUCAGCUUCUUACUGGUAAUAACGAUGUAACCUCUAUUUUUUUUUUUUUUAAAGAUGAGAACAUAAAAAAGAAAAAAAACCCAACAAUACCUUUCUUUCAUGUAUUUAAAACAAGCAACCCUCUGACAGUUUUCUGAUCCACAACUUCGCUUACUCACUCCAGCCAUGGGCAGAAACCUAAAAGUAAGCACAAAUAAGUAGUGUCUGCAGCUGAACCGUGUAAGGACCCUGCUUCGCAUACUAAUAAAAAUGGUUACCUUUUGCUGAGCACUGGCUUUGUCAAGUACUUUCUGGGCAUUUCCUUGAUCAAUCCCCAUUCCUCUUCUCGGAGGUAGGGAUUACUGUGGCCAUUUUUCAGAUGAGAUCGCGGAGGUUUUAAAGUGAAUUUGCUAGAGUAGGAGAAGGAGUUCUAGUCUAACCUUUGCCUGAAUCCGGGAAAGGGAGAACCACAAGCUGACUCUCUCUGAGCCUCAGUUUCCACCUCUGAAAACAAGACCCCACAUGACCUUUUUCAGUUGGGGCUCUGGAUGGUUUUUGUUUUGUUUUGUUUUUGAAAUUGCAGAGAGCUCUUUUGAUCUGCUUUUGAAUUAAGUUCUGAAUCCCUGCUGCAUAUGCACAGGGCUUUGUGAAUGUUGUCACCACAAUAAAACAACAACAACAACAACAACAACAAA